AUGAAGCCCGUCGCAUUCUUGCGAAAUUCAUGGAAAAAGAGGGAGAGAACUACAUCUGCGCCCAGCCCAAAUGAGAAGUUGUCGACCACUAACACUCACAAUUCCCUGCCACCCAAAUCUUCGUUCUCUACGUUUCCACGUUCAUUGAUGAAGAAAAGGUCCCAAGGUACUAUGUCACCUCCGACACGCCCCCCUCGACCGCCCAGCCUUAACCUCGACGCUGCCUCAGAUCCAAGCCCACUUGAUGCCACUCCCGCAAUGCAGCCAGCUCGUCCUCUUAUCUCUGCAUUCUCGUCAUCACAACCUUAUGAACAGGACCCAGAUGAGGGCAGCAACGAUGUAUUGGAGGCGCAUAAGCGCCUUCCCCAGCUUGAUGGGGUAUGGAAAGGAUUCUUACAGGACAUCGAUGAGGACCCUCUUCUGCUGGAGGUUGGGACCAAGGGUGUGGGGUUGCAUGAGAGGAAAUCUACCCAGCCCACAGCCUUGGAGAUGCGGGGCAAUGGCGCGAUGGCCCCCAAAGGCAAACCUAGGUCUAAGCAAAUAAUUGCUGACGCCGUCCUCGACCCUUCGACCCAUUCUCUUCGUAAUCGUUAUCAUUUGACUGGAUCCACGUCUCAUCUACCCUAUGUCAAGGAAUCCUUGUCGUGUAGUUCUUCCGAAGCCAAUAUUCGUCGUCCAAGCUCAAAAUUAGACGAUGUACACGAGACAGAGCCAUUUCUUUCCUUGUUUCCCUCACCGCCACCUCUCCGGAUCCGAAAGAAGAAUCUCAAACCUCUUGUUCUGCUACCCACUCCUACCAUCGUUCCCUUACCCCCUUCCCCAGCUUAUUCCAGCGACACCACCCCCACCGGAACGCCUACGUUCAGCACACCCCCGACUUCACCGCGUACUCCUACAUUCUAUCACAGCCCAGACAUAAAUGAACGGAGUCGGGCUCGUGCUCCUAUGUUCUAUAGUGUUCAGAGCGCCCCUACUUCUCCAAUAGCUCGGUCAUUCCCAAGUCCCCCUGCUUCCCCAAGUAUGCACUCAUUUCAAAGCCCACCUGCUUCUCCACUGGUCCGGUCAUUUCAAACCCACCCACCUGGUAUCCGAAUCAAUCGAAGCACUCUUACGGGGCAAUCACAGCUGCCCUCGCAUCGCAUCACCAGCAGCGAAUCUGCAUAUACUUCCAAGGCAAUCGUGCGGUCGAAAAUUACAUCGGGUACCACUACAGCACGUAACACUGGAGGACGAUCAUCCUCAUACGGCGCCCGGUCGGCGGGUACCCUCGGAGAAACGGUGGUUCAGUGGGGAUAUGCCGUUUAG